AUGGAUAACGGCGGUCAUUUGCAGCAUCAGCUGCAGCAACAGCAAAUUCAACUGUCGAAUCAGGUUGCUCUGAUGCCGAUUCAACUGCCAGCUCAACAACCUUUGCCAGCACUACUGCAGCAGCAGCAGCAGCAGCAAUCAAAGUGCACCGUGGAACAGAAGCCCCCCGACGGAAGUGGCCGGUAUCAUGUACAGCAGCAAUCGACGACGACGACGUCCACGCCGAUGACGAUGACCACGAGCGAUUAUGUAAAACAGCCGGUUGCACCUCAAGUGCCGGCGAUGCCCCUGGAACCGAUGACCAAAGCAACGCCCCAACCGCAAUCAUGCAAGUGCGAAUUCUGCGAAUAUCUGCAGGCUAAUCGAAUUAGCUUGAGUGGUUCCGGAGGGUCGGAAACUUCGGCGGAGUCCACCGGUGAUCACGUUUUUCAGUGCGAGUUCUGCGGCGAAGGAUUCGACAACCAAACUAGCUUCAACCGGCAUCGCUGCGGAAGCACCGACAUUCAGGUGUACCGCUGUGAAUCGUGCCGGAAAGAAUACGGAACAUCUCGGACGGAGUCCAGUAUUAGCAGACUAGAGGGUAGAGGGAAAUGUGAUAUAUGCAAUAGAAACUACGUGCAAUCAACGGCGGGAGAAGUGGGCGGAGCGUCUGCGACGCUCUAUGGGCAGGUUGGACGUCCUGCCCUAGCGGAAGCCACCAGCUACGGUGCGAAGGCUUCCGCUUCCGAUAGUCCACUGGAACAUGACCUCAGCAGUAUUGAACCGUUCGGUUCGGAUAGUGAAUGUAUUAGCGAAUUGUUAACGGACGGAGUUUCUUCUUCGGCCACAACGACGACGACGACGACGACGAUGACAACUACGAUGGAACCGCAGCAGACGAGUCUCCCCCCGCUGGCGAAAACCUAUUCCGUGCUGGGAAACUUAGAUCUACAGCAGCCAAUCGCCACCACAGGAGGACCGGUCGGAGCAGCAGUGGGAGGAGGAGGCUCCUACAUACAAAAUGCCAAAAUUAGUAGCGAAUCUAGUGUUACCAGCUUGCAUCAGUACGACAAAUACGAGGAUGAAGACUACUCAUCGAUGUCAGAAGAUGAAGCUAUUGUUCCAAUAGAACCCUAUGCCAAAUCGCCAAACCAGGAGCAAGCCAAAACCGAGUUGCCAAUCCAGGAAACGAUCAUCGACACCAGCAGCAAUGUCGGACUGCCGUUCUGCACCGGCGCCGCCGGGCUGGUGUCGGUGCGGACCGCCUCCGAGGAAGAGGGCAAAUGUGACUCAUCGAGCAAGGGUCCGGACGUGGGCCAGCCGGAACGGCCCUUCAAGUGUCACAUCUGCGAGCGGUCCUAUCGAAACCACAAGAACCUGAAGGCCCACAUCAAGGGGGCCCACGAAGGGGUACGGGCGAAUCAGUGCGAAAUUUGCGGGAAGAACUUCUCCGGCAGCAGCUAUCUGGUGAUUCACCGCCGGCGGCACACCGGCGAACGGCCAUUCAAGUGCAACACCUGCGGGAAGGCCUUCGUCGACAGUCGAGCCCUGUCGGUGCAUACCCGGCUGCACACGCCGGGCAGUCGGCUUAAGUGUAUGAAGUGUGAAAAAACUUUCUCCAGCGCAUCGGCACUGACCGUUCAUAACCGAUUGCACACCGGAAUCCAUCCGUACAAGUGUGAAAUAUGUGAAAAAACUUUUCCCCAGUACAACAAUUUGAAGCAUCACAUGAAAAAACAUGAGGCAGCCACGGAACAGCGGCAGGCGUCCCCGCUGGAAGCGAGCUCCGGCCUGUGUUCCAGUAGUAGCAAUAGCAGUACUAGCAGCAGUAAUAGUAAUAGCAGCAGCAGUAGUAGUAGUAGUUGCGGCAGUAGUACUAUUAGCAGCAGCAGCAGUGGAAUUAGCAGUUCGGGCUCCGCGCUGGAGUACAAGUGCAAUGUUUGCAGUAAACUUUUCGGAACCUCGGAAGAACUGCAAACGCAUUUGAACCAACACUGCAAGGACCGACCGAACCAGUGCGAGUUUUGCUCGAAGGUGUUUCCUCGUUCGUCUCAUUUGAUCAUCCACCGACGGCGACACACAGGAGAACGACCAUUCAAAUGCAAAUACUGCGAAAAAGCUUUUGUGGAUUCCCGGGCGCUGUCCGUGCACACCAGGCUGCACACGGGUGAGAGGGUCACCUGUGACAUCUGUCUGAAAACCUUUGCCAGUAGCUCCGGACUAAUUGUACACCGUCGCAUUCACCUCGGAAUCCACCCGUACAAGUGCGACUACUGUCCGAAAUCAUUCGCUCAGUCAACCGCUCUCAAGUAUCAUCUGAAAAAGCAUGACACCGCCAAUCUGGCUACGACCAGCGAUGCCGAUAGCCCGGAUGCCACCGGCUCCGUUGCUCAACAGAACGAAUCCAGCCUGGAGCAGCUGUCGGACCAAUCGAAUCCAGCCAGCAGCAGUACGCUCGGUUCACCUCAGCCUCCGCAACAGCACCUGCUGCAACAGCAACAGCAACAGCAGCAACACCAGCAGCCGAAAGCCGGCCACGUCAAGUGUCAGAUCUGCAACAAAUUCUUCCGUUCGGCCGAGUAUCUGGCCCGGCAUCGCCGGACGCACUCCGGUGAACGACCCUUCCAGUGCGAAAUCUGCGGUAAGAAUUUCAGCACAAUGAGCUACCUGGUGAUCCAUCGGCGCCGGCACACCUCGGAACGGCCGUACAAAUGUCCGCACACCGAUUGCGUCAAAGCGUUCGUGGACAGCCGUGCCCUGCAGGAGCACAGCCGGUCGGUACAUUCGAAAAUUCGCGUCCCCUGCGAGACCUGCUCGAAAACCUACUCGAGCGUUAGCAAUUUGAUCGUUCAUCGGCGCAUCCACAGCGGUGUCCACCCGUUCGAGUGUGACAUCUGUGGGCGCUCCUUUGCCCAGAAAAAUGCCCUCAAAUACCAUCUCAAACAGCAUGUCAGCAAACAGGAAACGAACACCGAACCGGGGACACAACCCUAA